UCAUAUUAAAAGUUUAGCUUCUUGACUUCCUUUGUUUCUGCCCCCGCUCAAGAUUCAUGAAAAUGAAUCUCUUUACUUUAAAAAUUUUCCACUUGCACACAAUAUCAAGUCUAAAACAGGUCGCCGCAUGCAACGUUUGGUUCUGGGUCUCCGUUGACUUCACUUAUUUUCAACUUUUUAUAUAAUAGACUUUGUCAAGUUUUAAUAAUAUCUAGUCAAUAUUCCCAAAGCUUCCUUAGCAUUGAAGAUUUAGAUUUUGUAAAAUUUAAGUAAUAAUCUUGUUUGUUGACAUUAACGUUCUGUUCUUUAGCUGUUAGUGUUAGGUGUUUGCUUAGUUUAUUGCCCGAUGAGAAAUGAAUAUCUAAUGCAUGCUUAGUUUCUUCAAUCUUCUUUCAUACCAGCACAAGUCAUUUUCACUGAAGUUUGUUUUGCAGCUUCUGGGUGCUCAACAUUUUUCUGUCAUGUUCUGUUAGGUGAGUAUACUUUUAGGUUCUAACUCUACUUGAAUGCAUCUUGACAAGAUUUUUGUCAAUUUCCAAGCAAGUUAUGAUUAAUUGCUUUGAAGGUUCUUGAACAUUACGUGUUUUCAAUUUUUCAGCGUACUUUUAUUUUCAAUUAUGCGAUAAAUUCAGACAAACUUCUGAAAUUUUUUAAUUGAGGGUAGGUGUUUUAGAGGAAGCAGCUAGAGCUGCUGUUUUCAUUCCAUUGAACAUGGACAUGUAGAAUUGGGAUCUUUCCUCGUGAUCUCAAUGCAUUUGACAAAAUGCUCGACAGAGGAAAUUAAUACACUGUUCACUUGUCUGGGAGGUUAUAGCAUGCUUAUUGCCUUGCUCCUUAUUUGGUUGGGCUUAUGCACUUUAAAUUUUGAACUCACUCGUUAGUAUUAUUAGAGAGUAUAAUAAUGUAAAACAAUAUUUCCUAGAACAUCUUCCGUAAAUUAAGCUUUUAGGUUGAAUGACUCUUUGGUAACUUUUGGUAAUACACUGCGUCCAUACCUGUGAAGUUCAACCUUGUAAUACGAGCCUGGCCCAAAAGCUGCAUUGAAUACAUGCAUCAUUGUGAAUCCCAUAGUGGUCUAAGUCUAACUGAGAAACAAGCGCAAGGGGCACCCUGAUUGACAAAGUAGAAAACUUGAAUAUCGUUAAAUAUUUUCUUUGAACUGUUAUUGUUCUUUGUCCUCAUCAAAGAGACUAGAUAAGUCGAAAGGAAAUACCACAGAAACUUAGUUAAUUUUCUGUGCAUUGUACAAGUCAAGAUGAUGACACCAAUGGAAAAUGGGAAAUGGGAACAAGGAGGAAAUUAGGUGGAUGGGUGGAACAUAGACGGGUCAUAUGAUGAUAAUAUACAAUUAUGGAUUACAUCCAUUCAUUAUUCCAACAGCUGCUCAUCAGCAAAUGGAGCGCUGGAUUUUGACAUGUGGUGUGAACAGACUGAUUUCACAUAUAUUCGCUUCCAAGGACUUACUGUUGCAGAAAUUUUUAGAUUGACCACCUUGUUGACAUUUGAAAUUAAUUGAGUUUGAGGGUGACUUGAAUUAUCGUGACAUUUUUUUUAGUGUCGAUUGACAGCAGUAUGAAUCUAUAUAUUUGUCAAUGUGGAUGGUUGGCAUUCAUGCUACUGCUUGUUUCACAUUUAAGUGAAACUUAGGAAGAGUUAGUACCGAGGAUAAAAUCCAAAUCCAAAAUGUACAGCUCUUCUGCUGGCAAUUCUAUGUUACGUAGAAAUUUCUUGCGGCCUGGGAUUAUCCAGGCCAGUUAUAAAACCCAGAAAGAGGGAAUUGCUUGCAAUACAAAGGUACCCCGCAAUGUCAACAUGGAGAAGUUACGGAGUGCCUAUUUGUUUCCUGAGAUCUCAAUGCGUGAGGUUCAACACAUUGAGAAGUACCCAGAUGCAAAAUUGAUAAGCCUUGGAAUUGGUGACACCACAGAGCCCAUACCGGAUAUCAUAGCUUCAAGCAUGGCAAACUAUGCACGUUCCCUUUCAACAGCAGAAGGUUAUAGUGGGUAUGGAGCUGAGCAAGGCAACAAAGCCUUGAGGAAAGCUAUUGCUGAAACAUUUUACAGAGAUGUUCGGGUAAAGGAAACAGAAGUUUUUGUGUCAGAUGGCUCACAGUGUGAUAUUACUCGCCUUCAGCUGCUGCUUGGUUCCAAUGUGUCAAUAGCUGUGCAGGAUCCAUCCUUUCCAGCCUAUGUAGAUUCAAGUGUCAUAAUUGGUCAAGCUGGUGAUUUUGAAGAUAAAACUGGGAUGUAUGGGAAAAUUCAGUACAUGAAAUGCCUGCCUAAAACUAACUUUUUUCCCGACUUAGCAACAGCUUCAAGGUCAGAUAUAAUUUUCUUUUGCUCUCCGAAUAAUCCCACUGGUCAUGCAGCAACACGACAGCAGUUGGAGCAACUUGUGAAGUUUGCAAAGGAGAAUGGAUCAAUCAUAAUUUUUGACUCUGCGUAUGCAGCUUAUAUCAGUGAUGAUUCCCCUCGAUCUAUCUUUGAAAUUCCUGGGGCGAGAGAGGUUGCGAUUGAAGUUUCCUCUUUCUCUAAAUUUGCUGGGUUCACAGGCAUUCGUCUUGGCUGGACAGUUGUUCCUGAAGAGCUGUCCUUUUCAAAUGGUUUUCCUGUAAUAAAUGACUUCAAUCGUAUUGUUUGCACUUGCUUCAAUGGAGCAUCAAAUAUAGCCCAGGCUGGUGGACUGGCGUGUCUUUCCACAGAGGGUUUUGCGUCUGUGCAUUCCAUAAUCAAAUGCUACAAGGAGAACGCAAAAAUACUGCGUGACACCUUUUCUUCUCAUGGUCUAAAAGUAUAUGGUGGUGAAAAUGCUCCUUACCUUUGGGUUCAUUUUCCUGGUUCAAAAUCUUGGGAUAUAUUUACUGAGAUUCUGGAGAAGACUCAUAUAAUAACUGUUCCAGGUUCUGGAUUUGGUCCAGAAGGCGAAGAGUUCAUGAGAAUUAGUGCUUUUGGACACAGAGAGAGUAUCAUAGAAGCCGCAAGGAGGCUGGGAAACCUUUAUCCAUAGACUGGAAAAUUCGACAGUUUCUUCCUUUUCUAUCUCUAAAUAUAUCAUUGGCUACGAAUUUCUCCAUUUUCUUGGGAUAUAGACAUCCUGAUCUUUAAUAUUUUGCAACCGAAGCAGCUGAUUACUGUUUAUGUUUUUCACCUUGUUUGUACAAGUGGGAAUAAGGCAGCUCAUAUCAUGGCUGAGCAAGUGGAUAUAGAUACAAAUGUAGUCGAGUUCUUAAUAAUCCUCUUCUAAGUGUUCUUACUGUUGUUCUGAGGGUUUGCAGUGAUUUGUAUUUGAUGUAAUGUCUUCUUCUUAAGUGUAAUGAAAAUUCUGUUAUCGAUUUCCUCC